AUGAUCGAAGUCGCCCCGCGUAUGCGAACCAUCUCGCCUUCCUUCUCGACGAGUCGACCCUGUCCUUCGUCCAGCAAGGCCCUCCUUCCGAGGACCAAGUCAUCACCGAUGAUGAGCUCUCUUUCGAAAGAGGCCAUAGACCCACCCCCCUCAACCUCUUCUUCACCAACCCCCGGCGACUGCCCAACACCUGCACGCCCGUCCGAGCCGUCGCUUAUCGCUCGCCUGCAGCACGAAUGGCAAAGUCGCCGCGUCUCCUUGUUCGGUCGAUCGGUCUUGGUUCUGGUAGGGGAAUUGGUGGUGAAUGUAUUACUUUGGGGCGUGGCGUUGGCGCUGUUUGUUGGGGAUCAGGGGAGGAGGUGAGUUUGGGAUCGAUGCUUCUGUUGGAUUGGCUUCCGGGAUGAGGAGCGUCGACCAGUGGGACCCCCACCUUGCUCGGAGCUGCUGGGCCUUUUAGCUACCUCCUGCUCUGUGUGAAGUUGGAGAGGCCGAAAACCUAUUACUGGGGCGUACUCGCUUUCAGUGGAAAAGUCCGAAGAGAUCCCACUGACACACCUCCAACUCCUCUCCAGAGGCAUCCUCUCACUCUGCCUGAUUGCAUGGACGCUCGGACUCCGGCACGGCCUCGACAUGGAUCAUAUCGUCGCGAUCGAUAAUGGUAAGAACACAUCCCUCACUCGAAUCCUUCAAAUCCUUCCAACCUAAAAACACUCGCUGACACGAUGAUUUCCUCCUUCCUCCCGUAACAAAUCCAACGCGCGAUUCCGUCUCCUCAGUGACACGAAAUCUCGUCGCCUUGGGGAGGUUACCCGUCACCGUCGGCCUCUUCUUCUCCCUCGGGCAUUCGACCAUCGUCGUCGCUGCGACAAUAGCGUGAGCAAGCAAAUUAUAAAGCACAAAGAAUGAGGGUGGUAGCUGAUACGGUGGCUGCAUGCUCAACCUUGUGAUCUCAUAUAUCAGCAUCGUCAUCGCGACCUCGGCGAUCGACAAGAUGGACAAUGUUAGCGCGAUCGGAGGAGUGUUCGGUAGGUGUGGCUUGAAGAGAAAAGGAAGAUGAAGAAAAUGAUGGGGGUCUUGUGACUGAUCAUCCCUUUCCCCUGUCUCCCGGUGCAGGUGUCUCCAUUUCGGCAUCGUUUUUGCUCCUGCUCGGUAAGUUCUUCUGUUUGCUCACGCUCGAGAGUUAAGAUUCUGAUCCGAAAUAAAGCUACUGAAACUAAGUUUGUUCAUCCUCUACAGCACUCAUCAACUCUGCAAUCUUGUUUGCAACACUGCGGGAAGCUCGCAAGGUCAGUGAAGACAGCGUCAGAGAGCCCGAGAAAGUUGGUCAGGAGCCUCAUCACCCGUUUCUCCCACAGCGCCGAAAUGCCGCCGCCGCUGCCGCGACCAUCACGAGAGUGGGCGUCCCCGAGACACCUUCCAAAGACCUUGAAGCACAGCCGGAUUUCAGGGCCACGUCACCUGUCCCAUCAGCUGCCCCUGCCCGACUCCCCACCACGACCUGCCUAACCCGCCUCGGCCGUCCUUUAUUCGCGCUCAUCAACCGCCCCUACAAGAUGUACUUCAUCGGCGUCCUCUUCGGCCUCGGAUUCGAUACCGCGUCCGAAAUAACCCUCCUCGGCAUAUCCGCCCUCGCACGUCGUCAAUCCAUCUCUUCCGAUGGCUCCCUCCGAGCCGGAAUCAAGACGAGCGAAAUUUUGAUCCUCCCUCUCCUCUUCACGGCGGGGAUGACGCUCGUCGAUUCGAUCGAUAACAUCGGCAUGUGUUGGGGUUAUUCGUGGGAGAGGUUUAGGGAGAAGAAGAGGUGGAAGUGGUGGGUGAGGGAAGGGGAGGAGGAGAGUGUCGAGUUGGGCGUUUUGGGGACUGCGGAUGAGGAAGGUUUGUUAAGGAUCUCGACGGUUUUGACGAUCCUUUCGGUACGUCGUGUAGUUGAAGGUUGAAAGCGGUUGAAUACUGUACACUGAUUUUCGUUUCCUUGUGUCUUCCGUAGAUUGUCCUCGCCCUCCUCAUUUCCAUCACCGAAUUCAUGGGGUAAGUAUUCGCACAUUAACGCAAGCACUCACAAAGAGACGCCCUUCUAACCUCUACGUUCUUCCUUCCCAGCCUCGCCUUGGAGAAAUGUACAGCCUGCGCCCAAGCAGCCGACACAAGUCCAAACCUCGAUGGUCGUUGGUGGAGGUUCUGGGGGACCGCGAAUGACAAUUGUAAGUAGGGGCCCAGAAUUCUUCAGCGCAAUAGCCUCUAACUCAUUCGCUUCGCGCCUCGGUCGUCCCCCACCACAGCGGGUUACUUAGGUGCCGGUGUCGUCGCUUUAUUCAUCGUCGUUUUCGCCAGUUGGUAUCUCAUCACCCGGGGAUUACGAAAACGUCGUCAACGCAAGCACUUGCAUUCCGAUGAAGAUGAAAAGAUUGAGGGCAUCGAAGGGGUUAGGGUCACGGAACAUGUCGAGGUGCAUACGAGUGCUCAUUCGUCACCUCGCUUCGAAAGGACGACGACGGGGUUCUCGACUGGAUAA